GUGCCCUGCUUUUGAGAGCCCAGUUCCUACGCUCUGCUCGCUACCAUCGCUAUCUCCUUUCUUCCUGACUACCUUUUCUCUCCUCUUUCCCUUCGCGCAUGGUCUUCCUCCCUCUUUUCCACGGACAUUCUCUGCUCUCGCUGCCUCGGAAUCGCCGCUUCCCUUUCUCUCUUUCUUUAUCGCCCCCCAUCCAUUCCAUCCUCCUCUGGACCAUAUCGCCAAUUAAAGCCCACGUCCAUGUGUUGAGUUGGCCGACGGAUGUGAUGGGCUCUGCUUUUUUAUAAUCACAGCUACCAGGUUGAAGAGAUUAUAAAAUUCGAGCACGCACGCAUGCCCUUUAACUUAAAAAAAAAACAGAAGCCUCUUUUCCUUCCUUGAUCCCUCACAUCUCUUCAACAGUGAAUGAGUAGAAGCAGCAACAGCGGCAGCUCCUUCUGGUCGCAGAGGCAGAUAUAUCAGAGGAUUGACGAAUAAAUAGAUGCGGGUUCGCUCCGGGGCGCAAUGCUAGAUGCUGUAGAGAGAGAAAGGCCUUUCUUCCUCCAUUCGCCGUCGCUGUUCGCCGCAGUCGCCACCAUGCCCACUCGUCAGGUGUCUAGCCAACUGAAGGCCGAGAAGCACAUCCUCUCCAAGAAGCCCGUUCAGAGCAGCAUGAAGCAACACAAGGCUGACGUCGUCCCGCCAAAGGAGCCCAAGAGCGCCUAUCGCCGACGAAGGAGAGGGAGAGGGAAGCCGACGGACCCCCGGCAAGCAAAGCUCGAUCAGGAAGCUGCAAAUGAGAGCGUUUCUCCUCCUGUUUCGAGCAAAGGUAUCGCAUUUUGCCGACGUCCGGGGUUUGGGCAGGAGGGCACCCGGUGCAUUGUCAAGGCCAACCAUUUCCUCACUGAGUUGCCCGAUAAGGACUUGACUCAGUACGAUGUGAUAAUCACGCCGGAAGUGAGCUCGCGGAGCACAAAUAGGGCUAUCAUUGCAGAAAUGGUACGGUUGUAUAGGGAGACUGAGUUGGGCAUGAGACUUCCUGCUUAUGAUGGAAGGAAAAGUCUUUACACAGCUGGGAGUUUGCCUUUCCACUCCAAGGAGUUCGCAGUAAAUCUUGUGGAGGAUGACGAGGGAACGGGAUUGUCUAGAGUGAAGGAGUAUAGAGUUAGCAUCAAGUUUGCUGCUCGAGCUGACCUUCACCAUUUGAGACAAUUCAUCGCUGGGCGGCAGACUGAUGCUCCUAGAGAAGCCCUUCAAGUUCUCGAUAUUGUUUUAAGGGAAUUAUCAAAUCAAAGAUACAUAUCGGUUGGAAGAUGCUUUUACUCACCAGAUAUCAGAAAGCCACAACGCCUGGGCGACGGUUUACAGUCAUGGUGUGGCUUCUACCAAAGCAUUAGACCAACACAGAUGGGACUUUCACUGAAUAUUGAUAUGUCAUCCACCGCUUUCAUCGAUCCUCUUCCUGUGAUCGAGUUUUUAGCUCAGAUCCUAGGCAAAGAUGUAUCAUCUAGGCCAUUGUCAGAUGCUGAUCGGAUAAAGAUCAAGAAAGCUCUGAGAGGGGUUAAAGUAGAGGUCACACACAGAGGAAAUGUGCGACGGAAAUAUCGAGUUUCUGGCUUGACAUCACAACCUACAAGGGAACUCAUUUUUCCAGUUGAUGAUCAGAUGACUAUGAAAUCUGUGGUUGAAUAUUUCAAAGAGAUGUAUGGGUUUACAAUUCAGUAUGCUCAUCUUCCUUGCCUUCAAGUAGGAAAUCAGAAGAAAGCAAAUUAUCUACCAAUGGAGGCUUGCAAAAUAGUAGAGGGUCAGAGAUACACAAAGAGGUUGAAUGAAAAGCAAAUUACUUCCUUGCUAAAAGUUACAUGCCAGAGACCCAGAGAACAAGAAAUGGAUAUUUUACAGACAGUUCGCCAAAAUGCUUAUGGGAAUGAUCCCUAUGCAAAGGAAUUUGGAAUAAACAUAAGUGACAAGCUAACCUCAGUGGAGGCCCGAGUACUUCCUGCUCCAUGGCUAAAGUACCAUGAAACUGGCAAAGAAAAGGAGUGUCUACCUCAAGUUGGUCAGUGGAACAUGAUGAAUAAGAAAGUGAUCAAUGGAUGUAAAGUAAGUCAUUGGGCUUGUAUUAACUUUUCUCGAAGUGUUCAAGAGAACACAGCUCAUAGUUUCUGUCAGGAGCUAGCACAAAUGUGCCAAGUCUCUGGAAUGGAAUUCAAUCGAGAACCAGUUAUCCCAAUUCACUCUGCUAGACCUGAACAAGUGGAGAAGGCCCUAAGACAUGUAUAUAAUGCAGCAACAAACAAACUAAAAGGCAAAGAACUUGAGCUUCUUGUAGCCAUCCUUCCUGAUAAUAACGGUUCUUUAUACGGUGAUCUUAAACGAAUAUGUGAAACUGAUUUGGGGUUGAUCUCACAAUGCUGCCUAACAAAGCACGUGUUCAAGAUAAGCAAACAAUAUCUUGCGAAUGUCUCACUCAAAAUUAAUGUCAAGAUGGGAGGAAGAAAUACCGUGCUCCUAGAUGCUAUAAGUUGGAGAAUUCCAUUAGUGAGUGAUAUUCCGACGAUUAUAUUUGGAGCAGAUGUAACACACCCUGAGACAGGAGAAGAUUCUAGUCCAUCGAUUGCUGCUGUUGUUGCCUCUCAAGACUGGCCCGAAGUCACAAAAUAUGCUGGCUUAGUAUGUGCUCAGGCUCAUCGACAGGAACUGAUUCAGGAUCUUUACAAGACAUGGCAUGAUCCUCAACGUGGCAUCGUUACGGGAGGCAUGAUUAGGGAACUUCUCAUAUCUUUUCGCAAGGCAACAGGGCAAAAACCAUUAAGGAUUAUUUUUUACAGGGACGGUGUUAGUGAAGGACAGUUCUAUCAAGUGUUGCUAUACGAACUAGAUGCUAUUCGCAAGGCAUGUGCAUCCUUGGAACCAAAUUACCAGCCUCCAGUGACGUUUGUGGUGGUUCAGAAACGCCAUCAUACGAGGCUAUUUACGAACAACCACAAGGACAGAAGCAGCACAGACAAGAGUGGAAACAUCCUACCAGGUACUGUGGUUGAUUCCAAGAUCUGCCAUCCUGCUGAGUUUGACUUCUACCUAUGCAGUCAUGCUGGAAUACAGGGUACUAGUCGACCAGCCCAUUACCACGUUCUAUGGGACGAGAACAAUUUCUCAGCAGAUGAAAUGCAGACUCUUACAAACAAUCUCUGCUACACGUAUGCUCGGUGCACCCGGUCUGUAUCUAUCGUGCCGCCUGCCUAUUACGCCCACCUAGCUGCUUUUCGAGCUCGGUUUUACAUGGAUCCAGAGGUAGCUGAAAGUCCACCGCAAAGUAUGCACCAGACGAACGGAUCCUCUGUGAAACCCCUACCUGCCUUGAAAGACAAGGUGAAGAGGGUAAUGUUCUACUGUUGAGAAAACAGCCAAGAAUCUAUAUAAAUCAGUGUAGGAGUGUAGAGAGGCAGCUUUCGACAGUUUUCAAGUAUUCCGGGUUCUAACUAUGCCAUGAAGCCGUGGAAGGAGUUGGGGUGUGAUGUAUAUUAAUCGACUAGCUCAGGAAUGUAACACAAGUAUCUUUCUGCUUACAACAGAAAGGUGUGAUCUUGUACCAUUCGAUAGUGUUGACAUAACUGCAAAUGCCUGUAGAAAAGAUUGCUUUCCUUGCUGCAAAGCCGAAGAAGACGAUGAGCAAACCGAAAACACAAGACAGUUGCCGUAAGGCAGGCAAUGCACAAUGAGUGAUCAAAUCCUCUGUUUCUAAAAUCCUUUGCUCUCAGUGCCCCACUCAUCACUCCAGCUUAUUGCCAGCGGCCUCUGGCCGUUGGUCCUAUCAGAAUUAUAUCUUAGGAAAGAUGAACUUAGAGAGAUUGCUGUCAGCAGCAUUGGAAUUCGGCCGGAUCUGAAUAGAUUUUCAUCUACUGUCGAUCUGAGUUUAUGUUCAGAUCCGGUCGGAUUUCGGUACUAAUCGUGCCAACGACGUUCCUUCUGGAUUCAUCUUCCUUCCAAGGUAUAAUUUUGGCUGGUCUAGUGGCCGGAGGCCGCCGGCGAUAAACUAAGGUGAUCAGUGGGACAGGAAAAAAGUGGGAUUGGAGAUCCGAAUUCUGCACCAUGAACC